AUGUCUUAUAAUCACGGACAACCACCACAUCAAGAAGGUCCUUAUGCAAAUACACAAGGCCCACCACCUUAUCCGAGUGCACAUCCACAUAUGGGUCAACAGCCAUAUGGAGCUGCACCAAUUAUUAUAAUGCAACAACAACAACAGCAACAGCAACAACAACAACACCAAGUGAUCGUGCAUCGACCAGGGCCUAAUCAUGCAUUAUGCUGCAUCAUAUGUUUUCUCACAAGCGGAUUGAGUACUCCAUGUUGGAUUUAUUCUUGUCUUACUAAUUAG